AUGAAAUCUUUCCAAUCAAACAAUCUAAGCCAAUCUUCAUUUCUAAAGCCGUCAUCAUCUCAUUACGGCAACGCACCUAGUGCGCUGAAUAACAAAGAAAAUUACUACAAAUUCUCGAGCAUUAGCUCAAAUUCUUCGAUAAGAAGGAACAUUCUGCCAACUGAAUGUAUUAAUACGUGGGAAACUAGUUUGGAUAAGGAACUAAAUAAAAUCCUUCGUGAAACCCUAAACGGCCCGAACAAGGAGAAUAGAAACAGCACGUUGGUUGAUCAUAGUAUCAGGAAAUUGAAACAAUUCUAUGAUGAACAAGAUGACCUGGACAUUAUUAACUUACUAGCCAUGGACGUCGGAGAGCUACUGAGUUUAUCAAUUCCAAAUAUUGAAAUUAAAAAUCAUGCCGUAGGUAACUAUUCAAUACCACAGUUUCUCAACUUGGUAGAAACAAACCAUUUGCUAAUGACAAAACUCAACGAAAUGCAAAAAGCAAUAAAUAUCUAUAAUAUCAAGAAAUCAGUGGUCAUAGAUAGAAUGCAGAAACGAUUGAAGAAUCCCAACGUGAAUCCAACGCAAGAGACUCCCAGCUACAAUCAAAACGUUGAUGAAGACUGGCAAGAUUUUAUCUCCACAAAUAGAAUUAGAAAGCAAGAAAAAUUAGACAAUAUUAACGAGACCCUAAGUCUAUCCAACUCUCUACAAAGUGAUUCGGAUACAAUUGAUGGCUAG